AUGCUGAAAAAGGCCCUCUCUGCUGUGACCUGGCUCUGCAUUUUCAUUGUGGCCUUUGUCAGCCACCCAGUGUGGCUGCAGAAGUCACCUAAGCGAAAGACUCCUGGACAGCUCAAAGUGGCUGCGUGCUGUGAGGAGGUGAAGGGGCUGAAGGCCCAGAUCGCCAACCUGAGCAACCUGCUGAGUGAACUGAGCCAGAAGCAGGAGAAGGACUGGGUCAGUGUGGUCAUGCAGGUGAUGGAGCUGGAGAGCAGCAGCAAGCGCCUAGAGGUGCGGCUCACAGAGGCCGAAGGCAAGUACUCCGAGAUCAACAACCAGAUCGACAUUAUGCAGCUGCAGGCAGCGCAGACAGUGACGCACACCUCGGCAGACGCCAUCUAUGAUUGCUCUUCGCUUCACCAGAAGAACUACCGCAUCUCUGGAGUAUACAAGCUUCCUCCAGAUGACUUCCUGGGCAGCCCUGAGCUGGAGGUGUUCUGUGAUAUGGAGACUUCAGGCGGUGGCUGGACCAUUAUUCAGAGACGGAAGAGUGGCCUUGUCUCCUUCUAUCAGGACUGGAAGCAGUACACACAGGGCUUCGGCAGCAUCCGGGGGGACUUCUGGCUAGGGAACGAGCAUAUCCACCGGCUCUCCCAACGGCCAACCAGGCUGCGCGUGGAGAUGGAGGACUGGGAGGGCAACAUGCGCUAUGCUGAGUACAGCCACUUUGUUCUGGCCAAUGAAAUGAACAGCUACCGUCUCUUCCUGGGGAACUACAGUGGCAAUGUGGGGAAUGACGCCCUCUUCUAUCAUAACAACACAGUCUUCAGCACCAAGGACAAGGACAAUGACAACUGUUUGGACAAGUGUGCAGAGCUCCGCAAAGGUGGAUACUGGUACAACUGUUGCACAGACUCUAACCUCAAUGGAGUUUACUACCGCUUCGGUGAGCACAAUAAGCACCUGGACGGCAUCACCUGGUAUGGCUGGCAUGGGUCUACCUACUCCCUCAAACGGGUGGAGAUGAAAAUCCGCCCAGAAGACUACAAGCACUAA